AUGGCUUCAGACCACCAAGCAUCAAAACAGCAGCAAGCCAGCUCCAAGAUUGUCGUCUUCGAACAGGAGAAUUUCCAGGGUCGCUGCCAUGAGCUGAAUGCAGCUUGUCCCAAUUUGAAGGAGGUUGGGCUAGAGAAAGUGGGCUCCAUCCUGGUGCAUUCAGGCCCGUGGGUUGGUUAUGAGCAGGCGAACUGCAAAGGGGAGCAAUUUGUCUUUGAGAAAGGAGAAUAUCCCCGCUGGGACUCAUGGACCAACAGCCGGAGGAGCGACAGCAUCUCUGCCUUGAGGCCCAUCAAAGUGGACAGCCAGGAGCACAAGAUCGUCCUCUAUGAGAACCCCAGUUUCACUGGAAAGAAGAUAGAGAUCAUUGAUGACGAUGUGCCCAGUUUCCAUGCCCAUGGCUACCAGGAGAAGGUGUCCUCUGUGCGCGUCCAAAGUGGCACAUGGGUGGGAUACCAGUAUCCUGGCUACCGAGGCUACCAGUACCUCUUUGAGAAGGGGGACUACAAGGACAGCGCUGAGUUUGGUGCUCAGCAGCCCCAGAUCCAGUCGGUGCGGCGUAUCCGGGACAUGCAGUGGCACCAGAGGGGGGCCUUCCAUCCUGCCAGCUAA